GCAGGCUACCUGCUGAUCGGGCGCUUCAGUCUGCGGCGCCGCAACAGCUGACACGUUUCGACGGAGCGGCCCGCUUUGGAACUUUAUGUUCGGUUCCGUUGACCCGUCUCGCAGGUUUUAGAGGAGUUAGCGGAAGAGCUCGCGGAGGAAUGCUCUUUGAGAGCACGUGCGUCCCGUCGUGAAGAGCGGAGAGCCUCAGCAUGGACGAGCCGAUCUCCGCCGCCGGCCGGUCUCCGGCGUCUGCCGGGACAGUCCCACCGUCCCCGGGGAAGAAACAAGCCGUGAAGAGACACCACCACAAACAUAACCUGAAGCACCGGUACGAGUUUCUGGAGACGCUGGGCAAAGGAACCUACGGAAAAGUCAAGAAAGCCAAGGAGAGAUCGGGACGCCUGGUUGCUGUGAAAUCCAUCAGGAAGGAAAAGAUCAAAGAUGAGCAGGAUCUGGUCCACAUCCGCAGAGAAAUUGAGAUCAUGUCCUCCAUGUGUCACCCGCACAUCAUCAGCAUAUAUGAAGUGUUUGAAAACAAAGACAAAAUAGUGAUUGUGAUGGAGUACGCCAGCCGAGGAGAUCUGUACGACUACAUUUGUGAAAAGAGGAGACUCUCUGAACGAGAGGCCCGGCAUUUCUUCAGGCAGAUCGUUUCCGCUGUUCACUACUGCCAUCAGAAUGGAAUAGUGCACAGAGAUCUGAAACUGGAGAAUAUUUUGCUAGACGACAGGGGAAAUGUAAAGAUUGCAGACUUCGGCCUGUCAAACCUCUUCUACGGCGACGAGUUUCUACAGACGUUUUGCGGGAGCCCUCUGUAUGCCUCCCCAGAGAUCGUCAACGGACGGCCAUACCGCGGCCCAGAGGUGGACACCUGGUCGCUCGGCGUGCUUCUGUACACAUUGGUUCAUGGAAAUAUGCCUUUUGAUGGAAACAACCACAAAACUCUGGUCCAGCAGAUCAGCACUGGAAACUAUCGCAAACCUAACAACCCCUCUGAUGCCUGCGGACUCAUCCGUUGGAUGUUAAUGGUGAACCCUGAGCGCAGAGCCACAAUAGAAGAAAUUGCUGGGCAUUGGUGGCUCAACUGGGGCUACCAGCAGCCAUUACUGUGUGAAACAAAGAACGGUGUGGUUGAUCAGAGCGUCACGCCGCCACCUCCACCAACAACACAUUCCACAGGCCUGACUAGUGUUGCUACGUGGCUGCGACGCACUUCUCGACCUUUACUGGAGAAUGGUUCCAAAAUGCGCUGUCUGCUCCGCUCGCAGGCUGGCGGCGGGGAUGUGGUCCGACAGAGAUCCCUGCGAAGGUCUCGUAAGGAGAAUAACGUCUCCCAGACGGUGCACGAUGGAAACACAGACUCCAGGCCCUACAAGGGCAUCCUAAAGAGACGAAACAGCAUCAAACAGAAGGCAGGGAGUGAAAGCACCGCUGCUUCAGUGGAACCUCAGAGCACUUCGGGUGCCUCUGCUCAGGGUCACGGCCCUUCAACAGCAUUGUUGCCCCGUAAAGGCAUCCUAAAGAAGUCCGCAGAGCAGGAGUCGGGGUACUACUCCUCUUCUCCUGAAAGCAGUGAUUCUGGCGUGUUACUACAAACUAAACAGUGUCCUUCCGCACCAACUCACAGAAAGGGCAUCCUGAAGCGUAAUGGGAAGUUCUCUUCUGGUGGCUUCCAAGAGUUUGGCUCUCUAGAUCAAUUGGCGGCCUCUUUACCCCGACGAGGCCCAAGGUCCCGACCAAGCAUGGCCAUUAGUGACGACAGUAUUCUGUCUUCUGAGUCCUUCGACCAGCUCGAUCUACCCGACCCGGUGGGGCCCUCCAUGGAAAUGAACAGAUCAGCCAAGGCGGGCAUGAGGGGCUGCGUCUCUGCAGACAACCUGCUGGACAUAGCUGACAGUGGGAUUGUUGCCGACGGCUUGAUGAGGCCGUGGAACUGCUACGAAUCUGGAGUGGCUGACAGUGCCUUUUCUAUCACUGACUGUGAUAAUGUCACAGAGGCUUACAAACAGGCCAUGGUCAUACGGGGACCUGCAGCCAGCUGAAGGACAGCCGACGUCAAAGCCGGACUUUUAUUAAGACCAAAAACGGGUCAUAGCGAAUCCGGAAAUGCUCGUUCUUUGUGUCACUUUGGAAAACCUAAGGAAGUGCAUAACACCAAAACAAAGGGAGUUCCAGUUAAACAUCUGAAUGUGUUUUAAUGACUGUUUAGGGAGAAAACCCUUUAAUUUCAUUUUCAGUUUGAGAGUUUCUUCCCUGGUGUGUACUUACUUAAUCAUUUCCUCUAAGCACAGGCCAUCAGGAAAACCAUUGGAAAGUGGCUCUUCCUGUAUUUUCUCUCAGCCGUUUUUACUUAGAUUUGGGGAGUUUGGGGAAUUUUAUAAACCAAAGGGGGAACUUUGUGAAAGUGCCAUGUUGAUGUAUGUUUGUAACUGGAACCUCAGCUCUUGAAGAGCUUUCACUUAAUUUAUUUCCUGAAAUGACUUGCUUUCAUUAUGGAUAAUGACUUGAAUUAUAAUAAAUCGUGACUCAUGACAGACUGGA